GCCCGCCACCGAAGCGUUCGCAGCUAAGCCUCGCAGCCAUGAGCUCCCCACACGUCCGCAUCAGCCAGAUCGCCAGCCACCUGAGCUCGCACGACCCGCGCGCCGAGGAGAGCGACUACGCACAGCGCGUCAAGCAGACUGAGGCAUUUAUCCGCGACGAGCGCUUUCAGUACGUGAAACGCCCGUACGGCGCCGAGGAUGUUGUCAAGCUCCAGGGUACCAUCCCCGCCGCCAACGCCGGCGCUGCCAUGUCACGCAAGCUAUACAAGAUGCUGCGCGAGCUACAAGCUGCCCAGAAGACGAGCCACACUUUCGGCGCGCUGGACACGAUCCAGGUGACGCAGAUGGCUAAGCACUUGUCCUCCAUCUACGUCAGCGGCUGGCAGUCGUCGUCCACGGCCUCCACGUCAAACGAGCCUGGCCCGGAUGUGGCCGACUACCCCAUGGACACAGUACCCAACAAAGUGGACCAGCUCUUCCGCGCCCAGCUCUUCCACGACCGCAAGCAGUACGAGGCUCGUCGCCGCAUGACGGCCGAGGAGCGCGCACGCACGCCACCUACGGACUUCUUGCGUCCGAUCGUUGCUGAUGCCGACACUGGUCACGGCGGUCUGACGGCCGUCAUGAAAUUGACCAAGAUGUUCGUUGAGCGUGGUGCCGCUGGCAUCCACCUCGAGGACCAGAAGCCCGGCACCAAGAAGUGCGGCCACAUGGGCGGCAAGGUGCUGGUCUCGGUGCAGGAGCACAUCCAGCGUCUCAUCGCUGCUCGUCUUCAGGCUGAUAUCUUGGGCAGUCCGCUGGUCAUUGUAGCUCGUACAGAUGCAGAGGCUGCUACUCUUCUGGACAACAACAUCGAUCCGCGUGACCACCCCUUCAUCAUUGGAGCUACCAACCUCAACGUGGAGACAUACAUUGACGCCACUCGUGCUGGUCGUGAGGGCGACUGGGACAAGCGCGCCCACGCCAUGACGUACCCGGAAGCGGUCCGUGAGGCUCUGAAGAAGUCUGGCCGCUCGGAUGCCCUGGCUAAGUGGAACGCCCAAUGCUUGGAGCUGAGUCUGCCCAAGUUGCAGGUGUUGGCUAAGUCACUCGGCGUCAACAUCGCUUUUGACUGGGACCUGGCUCGUACGGUGGAAGGAUACUACCGCGUGCGUGGCGGUGUGGAGUACUGCAUUGCUCGUGGCCGCGCGUACGGCGAGUACGCCGACCUGAUCUGGAUGGAGACGGCCAAGCCGGGUGUGCCGCUUGCGCGCACGUUCGCGGAGGGGGUCAAGGCCAAAAUCCCGCACCAGAUGCUGGCGUACAACCUGUCGCCGUCGUUCAACUGGGAUGCUGCUGGCAUGUCCGACACGGAGAUUGAGACGUUCGUGACGGAUCUUGGUCGUCUGGGCUUCUGCUGGAUGUUCAUUACGCUAGCUGGUUUCCACAGUGACUCGCUGGGCAUCACGCGAUUUGCGCGCGACUACGCCAAGCGCGGCAUGCUCGCGUACGUCGAGGGUGUGCAGCGUGCCGAACGCAACGAAGGCGUGGAGACGCUCAAGCACCAGGGCUGGUCGGGCACUGACCUCGUGGACGCCAUGCAGAACACCAUUACCGGUGGGCUGUCGUCGACGAACACGAUGGGCCACGGUGUCACGGAGGCACAGUUCUAAGCGAGCAAAAUCCUUCGCCAUAGGAGCCGCUGGCGUCGUGGGGAAACCUUUAUUUUUCUAUCUUGCGUGUGAAUAUUUUACCAAAAAAUAAAAGGAGAAUUACAAACCGGAA